AUGGUGGUCGUGAAGUCCUUUAACGAAGGCAUGCGUGAUCGCCCCUAUGGCCACUGUUUGGUUACAGGAAUAAAAGAGUAUGCAAGCAAGGUUAUCCGUAAAGAUUCUACCAAGAAAAUAGCCAAGAAAUCACGCGUCAGUUGCUUCAUCAAGCUCAUGAAUUACGAACACCUGAUACCCACGUGCUACUUCCUUGAUGUGGACUUGAAAGAUAUGGUUACCGUUGAUGCUCUUCAAACAAAGGACAAGAAAAUGGCUGCCUGUAACGCUACCAAGGAGAGGUCUAAAAAGACGUUAAAGAUUGGAAAGAACAGGUGA